AUGAUGUACCGCCUGGUUUUCCCCACUCUCCUUCUCUCCACUCUCGUUAGUGCGACUCCUCUCGACACCAAGCCUGUCGAGUACACUCCUGGCUAUGAUCUCCAGGCGGAUGAUCUGAUCGUCCCCAUCGAUGGCGUUUCCCACGUCAUGAAGGAGACCACCUACCUCGCCCAGCUGAAGGCGCAGGGUAUCUCCAUCGGUGCCCCCAAGCUUGACCCGUCCUGGAUCACCGUCAACGCCUCGGACAUUCCCGACCUCGAGGACGUUUCCGACGAGGAGCACGCGCUCAAGUCCCGCCAGGCCUCGUGCGACCAGACCUUCUCGCUCGUCACCGACAAGACCGAGACCUUCGUCGACUGGGACGUGCAGAUGUCCCCCGUCGUCUGCGCCGUCGGCGACAUGGACGUCAGCGUGUCUUCCGGCUACACCGUCACCAACACGGUUGGCGGCAGCGCGGGUGUCGACCUCAAGUUCAUCAAGGACCGCCUCGGCGGCUCCCUCGGCAUCAACUACAGCCGCAGCUGGGCCACCCAGACCUCGGUCAUCACCAAGGGCACCGUCAAGGAUGGCAACUGCGGUGUCAUGAUCACCAAGCCCAUCGUCACCCGCCGCUCCGGCCGCCAGUUCAAGGGCUGCAUCGGCUCCACCACCCAGGUCGGCACCUGGUACGCCGACUCCCACAACGACGGCCAAUACAACGGCAUCAAGUGGGUCGAGGGCGCCGUCUCCAUGUGCUCCAAGCCCGGUAACAACCCGCCCAUGUCCCGCUGCAACGGCCAGGGCAACUUCGUUUAA